CCCCCGUCAUCCGGCUCAGUAACCAAAUGGCUAAAGCGAUGUUUCCUCCUGUCAUGUUGUCUGACAAUCCUUCUAUUCUAUCUACACACCUACAAGGCCUCCUUCCUGGGAGUCCGCAGCAAAAAACAACCCAUAACACACCAUGACAGUGUCCUACGUCAGUUUCCCACACAGAAACAAGACAGCUCUAACGUAACUCAUAUUGAAGAAAUUACAGAACCGCCUGUGGAAAAAAUAAGCGAGUUAUUCUUUCAACCGCUGGUAGCAUCAAGGCCGUUUAUUGGAAAUCAAAUCAUCAAUGCACAUAAGUUCGAUCUUUUGAUUAAGCCUAAUGUAAAUUGCUUGCAUCGAAGUAUCGAUCUAGUGAUAGGCGUGUCUAGCGGCCAUGAUAUGUUUGAAAAGAGGACAGUGAUAAGAAAAACAUGGGGGGAUAACGCCUGGCUGAGCAGGAACAAUGUUACAUUGUUGUUUUUUAUCGGCCGGGCGAGGGGAGGGAGCACAGACAACAGAACGUCGGAGAACCGGACGUCGGUGAAUGAAAAGACUCAGCGACUCAUCGAGAAGGAGGCCAUAUUGUAUAGGGACAUUGUUCAGGAGAGCUACAUCGACAGCUACGGGAACCUCAGUUACAAAUCCUUGUCUAUAAUCAAAUGGGUCACGACCUCCUGCCCCCACGCGAAAUACAUCCUCAAAGCCGAUACGGAUAUGUACAUAAACAUCCCACUCCUCGUCCAGACUUUAAAAGCACACACCGACCCCAACGUCAAGUUCAAUACUUUCAUCAUGGGACAAGCGUUACCCAACUCUCAACCCUUUCGGGACCCACUCUCCAAAUGGUACGUCCCCUACUCCCGCUUCAACGGAAGCGUGUAUCCCAAUUUCGUUUCCGGAACGGCGUACGCCCUAACCACCCCCGCCGCAAAACUUCUUUACGAGGCGUCGAUGAGGGUGCCGUUUUUUUGGCUAGAGGAUGUCUAUCUGACCGGAUUUUGUGCCGUACUGGCCAACGUUACAAUCAUACACAGCCCUUUGUUCUCUCUUUAUAAACUGAGUACGUCCGGUUGUGCUUUUCGCUCAAUGAUCUCAGGGCAUGAGUACAGUACUAGUGAGUUAGAAACUAUACAUCGUGAACUGACAAACUCCAGCCUCGUUUGUUGAUGUUUUCAUGCUUUUAAAACUCAAUUUAUUUUGAUUUUAUUUGUGUAAUAUUUAACAUACAAUGUUGUUGAAAUAACCAAAAUAGUGGUUGCGAUUUUUUAAAAUGUAUUUGUUGAUGUUUUCAUGCCUUUAAAACACAAUUUAUUUUUAUUUUUGUAAUAUUUAACAUACAAUGUUGUUGAAAAAAAUA